UAACAAAGUGUCCGUAUCUACAGACACUAGAGGAAUUUUACUUGGCUGUAAAAUGGUGAUUUUAGACAGGUUCAGUGUGAUUCGUUGAGAAAACGACGUCGAGUUUUCUUUAAUUCCCUCGUGCGAGAGGGUGUCUUCAUCUUUAGUGCUUUUAUUUUGAAAAGCUUCCACGCCCCGUAAAGAUGGCAGUUUGUCGUCGUCACGGCAGCGGAGAGACCCGGUGCUCUUUCGAGUUUGACGUGGCACUCCGAUUUUCUCAGAGAAGAAGAGGAUCUCUCUCUGCCCUGCUGUUCAGCUUGAUAUGAGCAGACAGUGACAGCCGUCCCAUCAGAAUGAGCCAACAAGGUUACGUAGCUGCCCCCCCAUUCUCCCAGGCCCAGCCUGGAAUAGGGGGGUACCAAGGUGGAUUUGGAGCUCCCCCUGCCCAGCCCCUCUAUGGACAUUAUGGAGGACCACCUCAGGGAUUUAAUGCUCCACCAGCAGGUAUGAUGAAGUCACCACCUACCUCGCCUGCAGGAAUGCCACCAUCUCCUGUGUCCAGUCAGUACAAUCCAAGUGUGCAGCAGAAUGGUGCUCAUCCCCAAAGGUAUGCCUCUCCAUCAGCUGCCUCUCCGCCCUAUGGUCAGCCUUCACAGUCUGUGUACAACAGCAUGGCAUCGCCUGCCCCUCCAACGCAGCAGCUUGCUAAUCAGAUGAGUGCUAUGAACCUGGGGAGCUAUGCCCCAGGCGCCAUGCAGAGCCACCCCCCUCCUCCAACAAGCUCUGUUGCCCAGCAACAUUUUCAGACACCAGCUCCAGCAAUGGGUCAGCCACAGAUGCAUGCAGCCCCACAGACACCACACAUGGCCUCUCAGAAUCAGAUGUCUCCACCACAGUCACCCCUUACAAAUAUGCCGGCAUCAGGACAAUCAAUGGGAGGCCAGUCGAUGGCUGGGCCGCCAAUGGGAGGCCAGUCGAUGGCUGGGCCGCCAAUGGGAGGCCAGUCGAUGGCUGGGCCGCCAAUGGGAGGCCAGUCGAUGGCUGGGCCGCCAAUGGGAGGCCAGUCGAUGGCUGGGCCGCCAAUGGGAGGACAGUCGAUGGCUGGGCCGCCAAUGGGAGGACAGUCGAUGGCUGGGCCGCCAAUGGGAGGACAGUCGAUGGCUGGGCCGCCAAUGGCAGGCAUGAACAGACCUUUUCCUGGACCUCCACCUUCAGGCCAAGGAGCUUUCCAGCAACAUGGUACAGGACCAGGUGCUCCGUCAGGUUACCCACAGCAAUCAGGUCAGUUUGGGGGACUCAUGUCUGGACCCCAGCCAGGCAUGUCAGGGGGCUUUCCUGGAGCUCCAGGAGGACUUGCUGGUCCUCCUCAAAAGAAACUGGAUCCUGAUUCGAUACCGAGCACAACCCAGGUUAUUGAGGAUGACAAAGCAAGGCUGGGAGGACAGGUCUUUAGCACAAACAUCAGAGGACAGGUCCCACCUCUUGUCACCACUGACUUCACAGUUCAGGAUCAAGGGAACGCCAGUCCAAGAUUUAUACGCUGCACGACUUACUCACUGCCCUGCACCGCUGAGUUGGCCAAACAGUGCCAAGUGCCUCUCGCUUCCAUCAUUAAACCAUUUGCAAAGUUGCCAGAAAAUGAGACUCCUCUGUAUGUUGUGAACCAUGGUGAGACGGGUCCAAUACGCUGCAAUCGAUGUAAGGCCUACAUGUGCCCCUAUAUGCAGUUCAUCGACGGCGGUCGUCGCUAUCAGUGUAGUUUCUGCAACUGUGUCAAUGAAGUGCCAGUCUUCUACUUUCAACACCUGGACCACAUGGGCCGUAGGGUGGACUUCUAUGAGAGGCCUGAGCUUUCCCAGGGAUCCUAUGAGUUUGUUGCCACACUUGAUUAUUGCAAGAACAAUAAGCCUCCCAAUCCUCCUGCCUAUAUCUUCAUGAUUGAUGUGUCCUACACCAAUAUCAAAAGCGGACUGGUCAAACUGGUAUGCGAUGAGCUCAAGACUCUGCUGGAGAAGCUGCCCAGGGAGGAUGGAGCAGAAGCCUCAGCAAUUAAAGUGGGCUUUGUUACUUAUAACAAGGUGCUUCACUUCUACAACGUGAAGAGCGCUCUGGCCCAGCCGCAGAUGAUGGUGGUGUCAGAUACAGCCGAAAUGUUCGUCCCGCUGCUCGACGGCUUUCUCGUGAAUUACCAGGACUCCAGGGCCGUCAUCUACAACCUCUUGGAUCAGAUCCCCGACAUGUUUGCAGACACCAACGAGAGUGAGACGGUCUUCGCUCCCGUCAUCCAGGCUGGAGUGGAGGCGUUCAAGGCAGCAGAAUGCAGCGGGAAGCUCUUCAUCUUCCACUCGUCCAUGCCCACUGCUGAGGCUCCAGGGAAACUGAAGAACAGAGACGACAAAAAGCUGGUCAACACCGACAAGGAGAAAACCCUUUUCCAGCCUCAGAAAGGAGUGUAUGAGCAGCUGUCUAAAGACUGCGUGGCACAAGGAUGCUGCGUUGAUCUCUUCCUCUUCCCCAGCCAGUACCUUGAUUUGGCCUCCAUGGCUGAUGUGCCUUCACACACCGGAGGCUCCGUCUUCAAGUACAAUAACUUCCAGGUGGCGACUGAUGGGGAGCACUUCCUCAGAGAUCUGAGGAAGGAUUUGCAGAAGAGCCUGGGAUUCGAUGCUGUAAUGAGAGUUCGCACCAGUACAGGCUUCAGGGCCACAGACUUCUUCGGGGCCAUUUACAUGAACAACACCACCGACGUGGAGAUGGCAGCUGUAGACUGCGACAAGGCCGUGACCGUGGAGUUCAAGCACGAUGACACUCUCAGCGAGGAGUCUGGGGCCUUUAUGCAGUGUGCUUUGCUGUACACCACCAUCAGUGGUCAACGACGCCUCCGCAUCCACAACCUGAGCCUGAACUGCACCGCACAGCUGUCUGAGCUGUACAAGUGCUGCGAGACGGACUCGCUCAUCAACUUUUUCGCCAAAUCAGCUUACCGUGCCAUACUGAACCAGCCUGUGAAGAACGUGAGGGACAUCCUGGUCAACCAGACGGCCCACAUGUUGGCCUGCUACAGGAAGAACUGCGCCAGCCCAUCAGCUGCAAGUCAGCUGAUCCUGCCUGAUUCCAUGAAAGUGUUCCCAGUCUACAUGAACAGCCUGAUGAAAACGGCUCCACUAGUGGGCAGCACUGAGCUCUCCACAGACGACAAGGCCCACCAGCGGCUGUCUGUCAUGGCUAUGGGGGUGGAGGACAGCCAGCUGCAGCUCUACCCACGCCUCAUCCCUCUGCACAACGUGGACGUUAGCAGCGAGGCAGUGCCUGAUCCGGUCCGCUGCUCUGAGGAACGCCUUUCAGACUCCGGCCUGUUUCUGCUGGAGAACGGGCACUCCAUCUUUCUGUGGCUGGGCCAAGCGAGCCCGCCGGAUCUGAUCCAGAGCCUCUUCAAUGUCCCCUCGCUCGCCCAUUUGCAGCAAGAACACAUGUUCACGCUGCCAGAGCUGGACAACCCGCUGUCAAAGAAGGUCCGAGCCAUCAUCAGUGAGCUGCUGGAGAAAAGGCCAAACUCUAUGAAGCUGCAGAUCGUGAGGCAGAGAGACAAACUGGAGAUGUUGUUCCGUCAGUUCCUGGUGGAGGACAAAGGCCUGCAUGGCGGCUCCUCCUAUAUGGACUUCCUGUGCUACGUUCACCGGGAAAUCAGGCAGCUGCUCACCUAAGCUGACACACCUGGCUUCAGAACAUUUCAAAUGAUCCAUAACAAAUUUCUAAGAGAUAUGAAUUAGAACAUGACAGCCUUCAAGAUGCCCAGAGCCCAAAGCUGUCUCUGGGAUGGUUUGAUGUACAAAUAACGGUAAGAGCUUGCAGUAAACGAGGAUCUAAAAUCCACUUUGGACUCAGCAAUACAUCAUCCAGUCUAAUUUCAUGACUUUGUAAAUUAUUUUCUGGAAAAGACAAAGGGUUAUUUGUGUAGAGAAUCUGUGUUAAUCUUCCAAGAAGAAGUAUUUAAGUUGUUAUUUUUCAAACAAUAAAUAUUCAAUGUUUAAAUGGCUUUUAGAUGUUUAUCAUGUUUACUUUAUCAUCUGACUGGAAAGUGCUUUACAAUAACCAGAUGUAAAAUUCAAAAAUGUAAGAAGGACGACAGCAAAAAAAAAAAAAAAAGCUUCUGGCUGCAGGAGCCGAAAUUCUGUCCUGCUUUUACGCCAGGAGUGACUGAAAGCGUUUGAUUCUCACAUGCCUCUUCUGAAAGUCGCAUUCUUUGUCCAUUUAUGGCUGAGCUUCCAUGCGACCUGCAGUGAUGCAGAAGGAGCUUUGUCUUGCUGUUCUGAGCUCACGACGAAGCGAACGCAGCUGUCGCUCGGCAGCAAACAAGGGCAGGAGGAGAAAAGACAUUUCUUCUCUCCUCUUGCUUCAAGUCCUUGAGCUGCUGCUGCUGCUGAAAGGGAAAACAUCUAGUGAGACAAAAGACUGGAUGGCUGGAAGACAUCAAAAAGAUUUUUAAUUUGUUCCUGUCAUGAGUUGCACAUUUUUAUAGAAAGUUAAUUUAAAACCAAUUAAAAACAGUCAAACUUAUCCAAUAAAUGCAAAAUCAAAUUUAGCCAGUGUCAGGCUACCUUCAGUGUAUAGAUCCAUUAAAUCUAUAUAGAAAGAGCUUUCAGUACUGUAUCAUCUCAUUGUAUUACAUUUCAUGCUAUUCAAGAUAUUAUUAUGUCCUGUGUUGAUGCAGCCAGUAUAUUCUCUCUUUUUUUUUGUAUUUACACAAUAUUACCAAAUGCCUUAAGUUGAUUUAUUUGUUAAUAUUUCUGCCAGAGAGGUAAAUGACCAGCAGUUGUGUCACUUUAGUUUGUAUGCAAACUUAUCUCAGGUGAUUUCUGUCCAUUACCAUUUCAAGUUGAAAGCAGUGAUUUGGUUUGAGCUGGAAUGAUGGAGUGACUCAAUGGUCUUUGAUGCUUGUUCAGUUUUCUAACUGUUAACAACUUUUUUGUUUUUGGUAAUUAAACUUUUGACUUAAAAAGUUUUGCUCAUUUGUUUCCUUACAGUCACUACAGUAAAUAAAUUAGGAUAUCAUCCAAAAUGAAAUUCAAGUGGUAAAACUCAUUUAGAUUCAUUGCACACGCUGAUAUUUUACUUCUGCUCAUUUUGACGAUUUACAACUAAUAAA